CCGGAAGCAGAGCGGGCGCGUGGGUCGAACUUCCUCCUCUUGCAAAGCAAAAGAAGCAUCAGUCAAGAGUUAACAGGGAAUCUGACUUCUUCCAUUCUGGUAUGGGGCAUGCGCCUGACCGCCAGAAUAAUUAAUUGGAGGAGGGCCAAUUUCAAUGGAGUGAGAACAGAUGAGCCUAGGUAAAUUGGAAUCAAAGGUUGGCAGGCAAAAUACUGAAAUUGAACAAAGCGCAGCAUUUGAAGAGAUUGUUUAGAUACCUCCCCAUCAGGAGGAAAGGUGGAGCAAACAAAUCCAGAGUUCCUGGAUCACAAAAGAAUCCAAUCAAAUGGGGAGAAAUUGGAUUUCUACUUCACUGUGUCACAUACGCUGAUACUGAAAACAUAAUCUCAAGAUCCAUUGCAAGGACCCUCUGGGCAGAAAACAUAAAUAGUUUACUCAUGAAACCAUCUAUGAAAAUGUAUGGUACAAAGAAAUCUGCCAACAUUUCAUGUUUAAGGAAAAAAAAUAACUGUUGCAUUUUGUCUGCAAGAUCUAUUGGCUUGUAUGGAAAUGAAGAUGGUUCUGUGCUCAGAAAAAACUUGACCAUCCUCCGUCAGUUAGUAUGUCAGAAGACCACAACCUUUGAGUGUGUUUGGACAAAACAAUCCCAUUCACCAGUGGUUUAUGAAAAAGGAAGGAUUUACUUUGACAAUUACAGAUGUUGUUUUAGUAGCACUGGUGCUUGGCCGACUUUGCUGUAUGAUUUACCAAAACUUCACAAGUCUGAGAAGAUUGAGGAUGCACUACUUUGCGAGUCUCCUGUGGGAGAAAUGUUACCCAAACCAUCAGAUCAUACGCCAUCACUCAUAGCCCUGACUGCAAACAACUGGCUCAUUCGUAUGUCUACUAAGACUGCAGAAAUUCUAGAAAAAAUCUACCUCUCAUCUCAGUGGAAAUUCAGGUAUUUGACUUGGGACGAUACUCAAGAGACAAUAGUAGCCAAGACUACACAGAACAAAGUUACAGCUGUAGCUAGAGCGGCUGGAAUUCAACACUCAGUUCUUUUACAUUUAGCUUUGUUCAGGGUUCUACCUCUUACAUUUGUAGGAAUGCUCGGUAUUGAUAAAAAUGUAUUUGGAAACAAUAUAACUGAUGCCACUGUUUCUCACGGUUUGCUAAUUGUGACGUACGGCAUGGGACUGGUCAAGCUUUACAGUUUUCAGUGGAUUGUUGAGAAGUUUACACAGAAACAAUGUAUCCUUGGACAAAGGUGUGAAUGGAACAACACAACUGGAAUUGUGGGUGCUGCUCCAUUUGGAAUUCCAUGUAAUAUUAAAAUAACAGAUUGUCCACCUGUCCUAUUUGAAGUUUCUUGUCUUAAAAGUGCUUUUCAGAUUGGAGGACACCCCUGGCAUUACAUCAUUACUCCUAAUGAACGAAAACAGGAAGGCAUCUACCAUAUUUAUUCUUUAAAGGAUAAAAAACUGGCAGAGAAUGGAAUUCAGGAGAUGCAAUGUUGCUCGUUAGAUACUGAUUGGAUAUAUUUUCACCCAGAUGAUUCCGGAAGGAUCAUGCAUAUUGGACCGACACAAAUUAAUGUGUUGCAGCUGUCUGAAAAAUCUGAAGGUGUACAGAGGUGGCAGGUUUCACGAGCCUUUACUAUUUAUUCUGCAAGAGAAAGAGAGGUGGAGAGCUCAGUAAGAGUGACAGCUUAUGGUCGAGUUGUGAAGAGACGAUUUUCUCAAUUAGACGAUGAUAAGUAUGAGACCUUUAAAAUGGUAGACUACGAGGAUGAGCUCGAACUGUUGACUGUUUUGGCAGUACCUCCAACAGACACUGAAGAAAAGAUUCAUCUCAAUUUUUAUGACAACCAAUCUGGCAUCUUAAUUAAGAGUAUUCCAUUAAGGGAACCAUGGGAUGUUACCUACAGUCAUCAAUUGUUCUUUGACAGAGAUACUCUCGUACAUAUAGAACUGCUGCCACCCCGAACAUUUUGCUGUCAUGUUUACAAAAUAGAUCAACAUAUGGCUCAAGGUGGAAAUGAAAAUAACAAGUGAUGUAUCCGAGUUUGCUAAUCUGUUGUUUAGAAUGAACGCCAUUUGAUCUGGCUUUUUAUUCUUCUAUUUACUUCAUUUACUGCUACUGCACAAGUAUAUUGGAAGGUCUGAGUGAAAGAUGGGGCUAUAUAAAUGUAUGUAAAUAUGCAGAUACAUAUGCAGUAAAUAUGCAACUUCA